AAAGCUUCGACAUUUGACGGAAUUGCCCGAUUGAGGAAGGAGGACUCAGAGGAGAGAGGUGGAAAGGCACGAAGAGAGGUGGGUUUGCAUUAAUUAUUUCUACACUGUAGAUAGGCUAUGACUCUAUAAGGUCGUUGGUAACAAUAAUUUGGAUUUCGUCGGAGAAGAGCAGCUCUGGAGGUUUUGGGUCUUUCCCUUUUAUUUAACUCUUUUUCUGUUUCUUCACCCUUUUAACUAUCUCACAAUUCACAUGGUCCUGAGAGUUGAGAUCAUAAAUCAAAGUUCCAUUUUUGUUUCUUGUCAAAAUUUUCUGUAUCGAUUUGGUCACCAAACGAUAAAGCUUAAAGAAAAGAGAGUAGUAGGUAUCAUCUUCUCCAUUCUCUGUCUCUGCCUUUCUUCAUCUCGCUUCCUUUUUCUUCAGAUGCACUGCGAGAUGAUGCAUCACUGGAAGAAAGCAUGAGUUUUGGAAGCACUUGUUUGGGUUUGUGGUGGGGAUUUACUGUUCUUCUCCUCCUUGUGGCUCGGUCUCUUGGGCUUAACUCGGACGGAGUUCUUCUACUCUCUUUCAAGUACUCUGUUCUGAAUGACCCUUUGUCAGUGUUAGCGAGUUGGAACUACGAUGACCAGACGCCAUGCUCAUGGAACGGAGUUACAUGCACCGGAAUUGGGAAGACGGGAACGGCCGGAGAUUCUCUACGCGUCAUCAGUUUGAUUCUCCCCAGUAGUCAGAUUCUGGGUUCGGUUCCACCAGACCUUGGCAUGAUCGAACACCUUCAACAUCUCGAUCUCUCAAAUAAUUCUCUCAAUGGAACUCUCCCCGCUUCUCUGUUCAACGCUUCCGAGCUUCAAUCACUGGUUCUCUCCAACAACGUCAUCUCUGGUUCGUUGCCGGAGUUCGUCGGUGGGCUCAAUAGCCUCCAAUUGCUUAACCUAUCCGACAAUGCCUUGGGGGGAAAGAUCCCUGACAAUCUGACUACUCUUCCUAAUCUCACCGUCCUUUCCCUCAGCAGCAAUUACUUCUCUGGAGGUGUGCCAAGCGGUUUUGAAACUCUAGAAGUUCUCGAUCUAUCGUCCAACCUGAUCAACGGGUCGUUGCCUGCAGAUUUUGGUGGAGAUAAACUCCGUUACUUGAACCUCUCCUACAAUAGGCUCUCCGGCGUGAUCCCGCCGAACUUUGCAAAAAGAAUCCCUCCAAAUGCUACUCUCGACUUCUCCUUCAACAAUCUAACCGGAGAAGUACCAGAAUCCGGAACUUUCCUUGAUCAGAAUUCGGAUUCAUUUGCGGGAAACCCUGAUCUGUGUGGGAAAUCGCUUAACAAGCCCUGUUCCAAUAUUCCUUCUUCGGUCUCAACUCCUCCAAAUGUCUCUGAUGCCACGUCCCCUGCAAUUGCAGUGAUGCCCAAGCCCAUAGACUCAACUCCUAUAACUGGGUCGGGCGGAAAUUUGACGAAUGGGACUCAAAGCACUCAACGGCAAGGGCGAAGCGGGCUUAGGCCAGGAGCAAUAGUGGGUAUCGUCGUUGGAGAUUUGGCGGGCCUAGGGUUACUGUCGAUGAUUUUGUUUUAUGUGUACCAAUUGAAGAAGAAGAAGAAGGGGAAGGUGAGCAGUACAGGGGCUGGAGAGAAGAAGGUGUUUGAAAAAGAAGGAAAAGAGGACUGGUCAUCUUCAAUAGAAUCCAAAGGGUUAGCGUGGUCGUGUUUGAGAAAGAAAGGGGUUAGCGAUGAAGAAACGUCGGAAACAACGAGCUCCGACAGCGGCGAAGACGAAGAGGAACAAGUGAACUACGAACAGCAGCAACAGAAGAGAGGAUCUCUUGUGACGGUAGACGGUGAAACGGAGCUGGAACUGGAAACUCUACUCAAGGCUUCAGCUUACAUACUGGGAGCAACGGGGUCGAGUAUCGUGUACAAGGCGGUUCUGGAGGACGGGACGACGUUGGCGGUGAGGAGGAUCGGAGAGAGCGGCGUAGAGAAGUUGAAGGACUUCGAGAAUCAGGUCAGACUCAUCGCUAAACUCCGCCACCCUAACCUCGUUCGCAUCAGGGGCUUCUUCUGGGGUUCCGACGAGAAGCUCGUCAUCUACGAUUACGUCCCCAAUGGCAGCCUCGCCAACGCCUGUCACAGGAAACCGGGUUCAUCACCGUAUCAACUACCGUGGGAGGCGAGGCUGAAGAUAGCUAGGGGAGUGGCUAGGGGCUUGGCUUACCUACACGAGAAGAAACACGUCCAUGGCAAUCUGAAGCCCAGCAACAUACUCUUGGGAGCUGACAUGGAGCCCAGAGUUGGGGAUUUGGGCCUAGAGAGGCUGGUGUGGGGAGGGGAGAGUGGAUACAAAGCGGGUGGGUCGGCUAGGAAUUUUGGGAGUAAGAGAUCCACGGUGUCCAGGGACAGUCUAAGCUUACAACAAGAACAGCUACAAUUGGGGGCUAGCCCCAGCGUCAGCUCUCUGGGCUGGGCUUCCCAAUACCUGGCGCCGGAGGCUCUCAAGAACCUAAAGCCCAACCCAAAGUGGGACGUCUACUCCUUUGGUAUCAUCUUACUGGAGCUUCUAACCGGAAAGAUACUCUCCGACACGGAAUUGGGUCAGUGGAAUACCGGGUUUAUUUCCACCGAAGAUAGGAACCGGGUUCUCAGGAUGGCUGACGUGGCUAUUCGAGCUGAUGUGGAAGGGAAGGAGGAAGCUUUACUGGCUUGCUUUAAGUUAGGGUUUGGCUGUACGUCCAUGGUCCCACAAAAGAGACCAUCUAUGAAGGAAGCUGUCCAAGUCCUGGACAAGAUACCAUCCUCGUUACAUCUUCUCUAUUAAUUUAUCAGAGAUGCUGAUCAUGGGGCCAACGUUGCUGUCUGUAUGUAUCGAUCCAUAGUAUUGAUUUGAGAGCGUGUAAGCGUCUGUGUGCGUCUGUGUGUGUGUGUGUGUGUGUUCCUGUGUCGCUAACUGGGCUGAAAUAGUUGUAUUAUGAUCCACUAACCAUGGAAUAAAACCACUUGGGCCCCCAUGUUUUUGGUUAGAUUUUAAUUCUGUGGAGAUCAUUCAUGUAUGUAUUUCUUUGCUUUAAUUUGUUCGAAUUUGGUUUGAUUCAAGGGAGAAUUUGACGACA